CAGGAAUUGGGAAUUGCCUACCAGUUACCACGCUAGGUACCAGGAAAUCUAGUGUGAUUUGCAAUUUAUGGAACUUCCUUUAAAAAAUUAAUAAUCUGUACAUAUUUAAUUUACAUGGAUAUUUUUCUGAUUAUAAUAUUUAUAAACUCCCAAAUUCCUGUUAUUCCACUCUUCUGACUAUAAUAUUUAUAAACUCCUAAAUUCCUGUUAUUCCACUCUAGGUAGUUUACCAAUCAUGUCUCUUCUCUUCAAUGGAAGAGUAGCUAUUGUGACUGGAGCUGGCAAUGGCCUGGGGAAAGCAUACGCGCUGCUGUUUGGCAGCCGCGGGGCAAAGGUGGUGGUGAAUGACCUGGGGGUGGCCAGGGACGGCCACGGUGCCAGCAGCCGGCCUGCUGAUGAUGUCGUCAAUGAGAUCCGGUCUAAAGGUGGCAGUGCAGUAGCAGACUACCACAGCGUUGAGGACGGUGCAGCCAUCGUGGCGACCGCCAUCAGCAACUUCGGUCGCGUUGACAUCGUCGUCAACAACGCUGGCAUCCUCAGGGACAAGAGCUUUGCCAGGAUGAGUGACGCUGACUGGGAUUUGGUCCACGCGGUUCACCUGCGCGGCGCCUUCCAAGUGACGCGCGCCGCCUUCCCGCACCUCAAGCAGCAGAAAUACGGCAGGAUCAUCAUGACGAGCAGCGUCGCCGGCAUCUAUGGCAACUUCGGCCAGGCCAACUACAGGUGCGUCGCCGGCAUCUAUGGCAACUUUGGCCAGGCCAACUACAGGUGCGUUGCCGGCAUCUAUGGCAACUUUGGCCAGGCCAACUACAGGUGCGUUGCCGGCAUCUAUUGCAACUUCGGCCAGGCCAACUACAGGUGCGUUGCCGGCAUCUAUGGCAACUUUGGUCAGGCCAACUACAGGUACGUUGCCGGCAUCUAUGGUAACUACAGACGCGCUGCCCGCAUGUAUGGGCCCGGGGGGAGUAUAGGUACCCGCCUCACCCAGGACAUCCUGCCCCCCGACCUGUACGAGGGGCUGAAGCCUGAACUGAUCGCGCCGCUGGUGGGGUGGCUGUGCCACGAAGACUGCGCCGAGAACGGAGGACUUUUCGAGGCCGCGGGAGGCUGGUUCGGCAAAUACAGGUUCGAGCGCAGUCAGGGGCAGGUGCUGCGCGGUGACCUGCUGCAGGUCGUCUCCCCCGAGCAGGUGCGGGACGCGUGGCCCGCCAUCACCUCCUUCAUCGGCGCCCUGCAUCCUACAUCCAAUGAGGAGGCCGUGGGGCUCCUGGCCAAGGAGCUGCAGGAUCUGCAGGAGAAGACUGAAGGAGGCGCAGGAGGGAAGGAUGGCAUCACAGGACCAUUGUCAGCGGUUGGGCUGGUGGAGACAGCGCCUGCCUUCACCUACACCGCACGAGACGUCGUCCUCUACGCCCUGGGGGUGGGAGCAAGCACUCGGGACGCGGACUUCCUGCGCUACCUGUACGAAGGCAGCGAAGACUUCACCGCCCUGCCGACCUUCGCUCUCAUCGCUGCCCAGCAGGGGGUCUUCAGUAGCGCCUUCAUCACGGGGGGCCUUCCUUCCUGGCAGCCUGACCUCACCAGGCUGCUGCACGGAGAGCAGUUCCUGGAGCUUCACAAGCCGCUCGCCGCGACGGGGGCGACGCUGCGGUCCACACUUGAGGUCGUCGACGUCCUGGACAAGCGCAACGGCGCCCUCAUCGUCGCCAAGGUGACGACGAAGGACGACGUCGGGGAGCUGGUGGCGACGUCGCAGUUCCUGCUGUACGUCGCGGGCGCCGGCAAGUUCGGCGGGCGGCGCAGCAACGCCGCCGUCGUGCCGCUGGUGGACGCCCCUGACGCGGCACCCGACGCCACCGUCGACUACACCACCAGCGUCGACCAGGCCGCCCUCUACCGCCUGUCCGGGGACCUGAACCCCCUGCACAUCGACCCCUCCUUCGCGGCAAUGGGGGGCUUCAAGACCCCCAUCCUGCACGGCCUCUGCUCCCUCGGCAUCGCCUGCAGGGCCGUCCUGGCCACCUACUGCCCCCACGACCCCGGUGCCUUCAGGGCCAUCAAGGUGAGGGACCUUCCUGGCCACCUACUGCCCCCACGACCCCGGUGUGACGUGUGCUUGUCAGGAGGCUACGUGGACCUCGCUCCGUCCAAGUCCUCCUCAGGGGCACCCACCGCCACCCCCGCCACCACCACCACCGCCACCGCCGCCGCCCCCGCCGCGUCGGGAGCCCCGAAGGCGGACGCGUUCUUCGCAGCGCUGGGGGCGCGCGUGGCGGCGCAGGGCGAGAAGCUCGUCCACAAAGUCAGCGGAGUUUUCCUCUGGAACAUCAAAGCCAACGACCAAGUCGUGUCGCAGUGGACUGUGGACCUUAAGACCUCGCCAGGGUCGGUGUACCAGGGCUCCCCCUCAGGGGUUCGCCCCGACGUCACCUUGACCCUAGAGGAGCAGCCCCUGCUGGAGCUGGUGUCGGGUAAACUCAACCCUCAGAAGGCCUUCAUGAGUGGCGCUCUUAAGGUCUCCGGCAACAUCAUGAUGAGUCAGAAGCUCAAGGAACUCUUCGAUGAGAAGAGCAAGCUGUAGGCAACCCAUCAUUGAGCUGUCGCGACCCCAGUAAUUGAAAAGAGGCUUAGAAUGGUUAAUUUGAAGCGUUGAAAAUUUCGUUUUUGGGGGAAGUGAAAAAGUUAUAUUUGGCUCAUGAAGCUUAAAGUAACUGAUUACUGAAUGUGUGCCAAAGUCAAGAGGCAAUAAUAUUAUUAAAAACUACAUGUGGGUAGGAAUGUACAACAUCAUUUCUGCCUCUGUUCAAGAGGGUAGAAUGUUUUACAAUCGGGUACCUAAAGACGCCUUCGUCCGUCAAUGGACAGGACCGCGUGUGGCGAGUUCAGUUAAUUUUGUUCCCGAUGCUCAAUUGGAUGUUUUAUGUAUUAGCUAGGUAAUGAGAGCUGCUAUGAUAAGUAUUUUUUUAUGUUAUAUCAUAAUGAUAUAUAAUUAUAUUGUUAUGUCAUAAUGAUAUGUUAUGUAUCAUUAGUUUCAGGUAUAGAUUUAUUUACUAUGUUUGGGAAUACCUAGCUUCUAGUCUGUUCUUGCUGCUCUCUGUUUCGUCUAGAAGUUAAAAAAAUAAAUAAAACAUAUUCCCAUUUUUAGAUAAUUCUUUUGAAUUUCUUGAAAGAACGUGCAAUUUUGUUCUGCUUUUCCUGUCCAUUAAGUUUUCUCUCAUCACUAAGUUACACCGCCCUCAACCUAGACGGUUUCUUUGAAGCCUACAGGUAUCAUUAAGGAAUAUAAAUCUAUAUGAAUAAUUUCCGAUUCUAUUUUUAUAGGAGUUAUUUCAUACCUAGUUUGUCUCGACUGUGUCGUAUUCAAAUAUUCUGAAAAACAUAUUUUCUGUUUGUUAUUUUUUGGGUUGAGCUUUACUUCGAGAGGAAACUUGCCUGGAGGCGAUGAUGGAUGAUGCAUCAUCAUGACAAUUAUUUCUAAUUAUUUUCUAAAUUUAUACUGAUCGUUAUUGUCGUUAUUACUGAAAGUCGUUAUUAAGCUUUUAAUAAUUACAUUUGUGUUUACUAAAUGCCAUCACUUCGAAUGAACACCACUGGUGUGGUGUUCAUUCUUUUAUAUACAGAGAAGUCUUUAAUACACAGGACAUAAUUAUAUAUUCGUGAAGAAUAUCUUAUAUCUAACUUUCCAAACAUUAACUGGAUCGAGUUUCACUUUCCUCCCGUGGUACAUGUAUCUGUGGUUGGGUUACUUGCUAUUGUAAGGCUAUAUGCAGUUGACUUCAUGUGGAAUAUUUUUAUUAAUAAGUAUUUUGUACUUGAACCAUUUAAUGGGAUUGUUUAAAAACUUGAA